GUCUCAAUAAGACCCAAAUUCUAAGAUCUUACAAAUUCAAAUAAACAAGGCAUAUUUGACAUACAUAUACAGAGUGCACUCUGUGGUAUGGCUCUCCAACUAUCCGAGGUCAUUUCCGAGCACGAAUUCACCUCCAUUGCGCAUGUCCUCUACGCUGCCUUCCACGAGCCGUUCAAUCCUUUCUACGAGCUCCUGAACAACACACAAGGCACGUACGAGGAGCAAAUUCAAGCAAAAGCAGCCCGGCAUGCAGAGGCUUGGAAAGAUGAUCCGGCACGACAUUGGUUGAAGAUUACCGACUCAUCGAACAACAACGAAGUUAUCGCUGCAGCAUCGUGGCUCAUCUAUGAAGAAGCUCCUGAAUCUUCAAAAGCACCUAUCGAUGCCCAAUGGCAGCCAGAAGGCUCUAUCAUUCGCGAAUUCACAUCAAGAUGGCUUGGGGCGAUUGUAGGUUCGCAGCAACAUGCCCUCCAGAAACCUCAUUUAGUGAUUGAUCAGCUCGCCACUCAUCCAAGUCAUCGAAACUCCGGAGCUGCCAAUAUGCUUUUACAGUGGGGACUGGAACAAGCAGAUAGGCUCGGACUCGAGAUCAUGGUCAACGCCGUGCCAGCUGGCCUGACCUACUAUCAACAUUUUGGAUUUGUUGAUAAAGGUGUGGUGGACCCUGACAUGACUAUUGAGGAGCCGAGCGACGAAUGGAAGAGGUUGCAAAAGAUUGAUAAACAUCUCUACUGGAUGACGAGACCUCCCACUUGUAGUUAG